AUGCCGCCCACGGACCACCAUGGUUCCUUCCUCAAUCGGAUUAGCAUCCGCAGGAACCAGGUCGUCUCCAUGGACAUCAACCAUGAACAAGAGCUUGAAGGGCUCGAAUUGUUUCAGAAACACGUUUCCGAUCGUUUCAUUCAACUCUUACCACCUCAAUCUCCCUUACCUCCCGUCGCCGGAGAAGAAAUACCCGUCGUCGAUACGCCAGAAACCUUCUUAUCCAUCGCUUGGUUCCGAAAACUCCUCGACGUUUAUCUUUGUUGCGAGUCUGAAUUUAAAGCGGUCUUGAUCAUUGGCCGGGACGCCACUCAUUUCUCCAAACCGCCACUCGACCGGUUGAUCCCAGAUCACCUCGACCGGACCGUCAAAGCUUUAGAUAUCUGUAAUGCGAUUACUCAUGGAAUUGAGCUGCUCCGCCAUUGGCAGCGGCUUGCCCAGAUUGCGGUGGAGGCGCUCGAACAACGUCCAAUAGUUGAAGGACACGUCAGAAGGGCAAAACGAGCUUUGAACACUCUCUUGACGUCGAUGAUGGUUGACGACAAGGAGAACAAUCAACAAGUUGGAAAAUCAGCUGAACGAAUGUGGUCGAUGAGCCGCCGCGGAGGUGGUGUUGUUGCUCCUCCAACCGUUAAGCAUAAUCGGACGAUUAGUGGAAACCCCAGAUCAUUUUCUUUUUGUUUCUCGAAAUCAUGGUCUGCAUCAAAGCAGAUCCAGGCGAUGUCCAACAAUCUUGUGGCUCCCCGCGGUGGCGAGCCAACUGGUCUGGCUCUUCCGGUGUACGUAAUGAGUUCAGUUUUGGUUCUGGUCAUGUGGACGAUGGUUACGGCGGUGCCGUGUCAAGAAAAGGUGGGGCUGGGGACCCACUUCCAACUUCCGAGACACCUGGGGUGGGCACAUCCGAUGAUCGGAUUGCAGGAGAAGAUCGGAGAGGAGUGGAAGAAGAAGGAAAAGAAAGGGACUGCGGGUCUGUUGGCGGAGAUUCAAGUGAUAGAGAGAGUAGCUCAGAAUCUUGUUGAAUUCACGGAGGUGUUUGAGUUUCCGUUAGGGGUGGAGAAGGAGGAAGAAGUGGCGGAACAGGUGAUGGAGUUGGCGGAGAUAUGUCGGAGAAUGGAGGUAGGGUUGGGGCCGUUGCAGUUGCAGGUUAGGGAGUUGUUUCAUAGGAUGGUGAGGAGCAGGGCGGAGGUGCUUGACGUCAUAGACCAAGUGGGUAAAAUUACGACGCCAGUUUUUUACUAA